AUGGGAGUCAAGCGAAGCCGAUCGCUUUCUUGUGCCUUAAUCGGCUCCGCUUCUGUCAACCCUGAUCCCACACUGGUAAGACAGCUUCAUUACUUAACUAUAACUGGUAAAGUCACGUUUAUAACAUCUAGCUGUCUUACAAAUACUUUUAAAUUUAUUUUCCAAAACCACAUUUACCCUGCCCUUCUUUUAUUUAUUCUCUAUAUGUUCCAUUCAAUGCAAUAUCAUGUAAAUAAAACACGUUCAGAUCACCCGAACCCACUCCAUCCCCCAACUCCCCAACUACCGACCAUUCUGGGCCAACUACCACUCCUACUGGAACAAACAGUACCCUCGGGGAGCGUUGAGUGAUUAUCGACCAAACCCACAAACAAGUUACUAUGCCCCAGAAAACCACACCCAAUGGUUUACUCCGCGGCCCUACUACACAGUGAACACUGACAGUUUCCUCGCCGCCAUCAGAAGGACCAACCCGGACAGGAACUAUGUGUAAGUCAAGGUCUCAAGGUUUUAUUUUUUGUUAACAUUUCACAUUUUUCUUAAGUUAUACAAUGUAAAGUUUGUGCGUCAAACCAAAAGUUUUAUUUUUUUGACAUUUUUUAACUUAUGAUUGUAUGGCAAAUAUUAUUUUUUCUUACUCUAGUCACAGCUAUGGUAAAACAUAACUAAAAACCAUAACUUUUAGUCACCGUACCAGCUACAGAGACGUGAAUUACACUCCCUUAAUCAGCAAAAGCUACUACUCAGCCCCACAAAGUUACUACUGGCCCGCCCGGUCCUACAACUAUGACUGUAAGUAUUUACAUAAAGAAUUAUUCUGACAACAAGGUUCUUCUCAAUAUAUUAUCUUAUUCCAACAGUAGUUUCUCCUUAAAUUAUAAUUAUAUAAAACAACUAACACAAAAAUGAAUAAAUUAUACACAUUAUAUUACGAAUGCCAUUCCAGUCGUGCACUAUUACUGA